CCUCCCUUUCUUCCUCCUAACCUGGACUCUGCUGUCGUGAACGCAGCCGCUCUUGCUAGCACUGCCGCUGCCGCGCGCCCUGCUAAACCCUGCUUCUUUCUGCCCUUCCCUCUCUCGGCUGUAACACGUUUAUGCUUGCUUAUCGUUUUUUUAUAUACAUUAUUUCCCAGCCCGCGUAUUUCCUUCCUUUUUCCCCAUCACUUCAAGGCAUGCCGCGUGUCAUACACAUGAAGAGGAUUUGUUAAAUUUUAAUUAUCUUUUCGACGUUUUAAGUUCGCAAAAGACAUUUAACCGUUGGGACUAAAAAAGACAUAGCUUGCCCUUUCCUGUUCAUUGCUGCCUCCCUCCCUCCUGUAUGCUUUCCUCUCUUUUUGUUUGCCCUCGCUUUUCUUUUCCCAUUGGGUGUUUUGCUUCCACCUUCCUGCUGUGUGAUCCUCAUCACCCUGAUCAAAAGAAGCCCAGCCAAGACAACAAGCAAGGACAUGCAGCAGAAAGGUCAGUGAGCAGGAUGACAACACAGGAAUAUGCAAGAGUGAAGGAGAGAUGAAACAGCCACCCAUGUAAAAGGAGGAAGUGGAACUCCAAAGUGCCUACCGCAUGGUUUCAGCAAACGAGUCUGUUGGAUUACAGCAGGACAGCAGGGAUCAGUGUGUGCUUGGCCUUGAAUGGAUGCAAUAUUUUAUCCUGACAGCCAGAGAGUCAUCCUCCCACUUUGCUGAGCUGCAUUCCCGGCAUACCCCGACUUAGGCUGUAGCCUCGUGAAUACAAGGACAUCAAGGUGUGAGGUUCUGCUUUUUUAAAUUUUUGUUUGCUUUACACCAAUCUUUUUUUUUUUGUGUGUGUGUUCCUCUAUCGGGCUGCUAAAACACAGCCACAGUGGAGCUGCAGUGACUGUCCCAGUCUUGAACAUGUUGCAAUGAAUGUAAUAGAGACUUAUUGGGAAUCAGUGUACACUGGUGAAUGUACAGACAUAUCUAAGCUGACCAUAGUGAUUUCCUGUUUUGCUUUUUCUUUCUUUCAAAUACAACAGAGCUGGCCUCUGCUCACAAGCAACCUCUAGUAUCUCACUCAGUGAAACUUCAGCUGACACUUUUCCCAGGAAGAACUAAUAAACAUCCCCCAAAAUAAACCAACCAAUCCGAUCCACUGAGUGCUGCAGAAAGGAAAAUAUUCUUUUGCUUCUGUUCCACCAUGUUUUUUGGGGGUAUUUUCUUCUUGAGUCACCAUUAGUCAUCCUUGCUCUCAUCAGACAGUUUUCCCCAUCCAUUCGGCCCCAGCACCUUACAGUGUCUGUGAGACUCUCAGAUGGCUGUCAGCAUGACCAUGGGACGAGACACCAAAUGGCUGACCUUGGAAGUGUGUCGAGAGUUUCAGAGAGGCACCUGCACUCGCUCUGAUGCCGACUGCAAGUUCGCACAUCCCUCUCGGAGCUGCCACGUGGACAACGGCCGAGUCAUCGCCUGCUUUGAUUCUCUCAAGGGGCGUUGCACACGGGAAAACUGUAAAUACCUGCACCCUCCUCCUCACCUGAAAACCCAGCUGGAGAUUAACGGGAGAAACAACCUGAUCCAGCAGAAGGCCGCUGCAGCCAUGUUAGCUCAACAGGUGCCAUUCUUUCUGGCUGGAGCACAACUGCCUCCCAUUACACAAUUUUCGGGGACACCCUCCCUGGCAGCAAACCCCACCAUGCCAUUCAAUCCAUAUCAAGCCAUGGGCUUGGUGCCUGAGCUGCCGCCUCUGCUUGUCCCUGGGAGUCCCACUGGUCUGCCAGCCAUAGGCAAUGUCGCCUACGCACAAAAGCGCGCAGACAAGCUGGAGGUUUGUCGAGAAUUUCAGCGCGGGAACUGCACAAGGGGGGACUGCCGCUUCGCUCACCCCCUAGAGGCCGGCAUGGUGGACGGCAGGGAGAACUGUGUCAUUGUUUGCAUGGACUACAUUAAAGGCCGCUGCGGCCGAGACAAGUGCAAAUAUUUCCACCCCCCUGCUCACCUGCAAGCUAGGAUCAAGGCUUUACAACACCAAAUAAGUCAAAACAGCGCGUCUGCACCCGUGGCUGUGCCUCCAGUGGGCGUGCAGCCACUACCAAAGAGGUCAGUUCUUGAGAAAAGCAAUGGAGCUGGUGCCACAGUUGUCAAUUCCAGCAUGUUAUACUACCAGCAAGCCCUGGCUAACAUACAUCAACAGCAACCAGCCUUUUACCACACAUUAGACCCCCCAGAGCUUCUGGCCUCUGAUCCAGUAGAGCUCCAGUACGUUCCCAUGGAAACCCAUUUUUGUCCUGUCCCCAAACUGCUUGUGGCGGCUCCAGUGGGACUAAACUCAGUAAGCAUUUCCCGAAACCCCAGCUAGAGUCCCGAAAAACACUCAGCACUGCAGCAAACGAGUGCCUCCUGAACAGUGCACAGUGACUAAGGCAGCAAAGUGAAACUUCUUACUUGAUGUUUUUGAAAGUAAAAAAGCUGCAAUGGUUCAUGCCAUAAAAAGCCUGGACAUGUUCUUGUUGCUUUACAGCAGCCAUUCUGAUUAAUACUGACUUGAUGAGCAAUAGAGCUCCCUUCUUCUGACAGCCAUACAUGCCCACACCUUAAAAUGUGCAGACGAGGUGCACAUGAACACCCUUCUGCACACAUAAACGAAAACAUUUAAGACUAGACGCCCUUUAUGGGUUACAGCCAUUUCAUGAGGCGACCCAGAAAUGUUGACUGUUCCAAAGUCAGAAGCUCAUUCUGAAAUUCAGAGCUUGGCAAACUGAUCUGCUGCAGGUCUUCUACCGUGAAAUGUCAAAGAAUGGAAGUGUUUCUUAGCAUGUCGGGAUUUUGUUUCAAGGUACCCUAAAGCGUUCAGUUUGUUCUCUGGGCAUCAUCCCGCUUGAGCAAUUGUUAAUAACAGGAAACUGUUGCUAAUUUGUUUGUGCCUUUAUUUUUUUCUGCUUGUAUGCAACUGAAAGUUAGUUUCCUUCGAUAAUUUGAAAAACAUUCAAAUUCUACAAACGUUGAGAAGGUCCCAGGGGUGUAAACUCAAUCCAUAAACAACAACGGCCAAUUAAUAUUGUUUUGUGACACAGUUUCAUUCUGUUUUUGUCUUAUUUCAUAAUCUGUUAAUGGUUCAUGUCAGAAUUUGGCUUAAUUCACAGAAAAUCAACAAGUUGAGUUAAUGAAAAUUGUUGGAAUUAAACAGAAUAUAAUGAACUAUUCUAAAGGGGCUGUCAGUGUUUAAAAAAUGAUUGAAUGAUAAACAAACUGCCUUAAAACUUGUCUCUAUGUAACUUCUCAGCUGAAGACCACAUUGUUCAGCAAUUAACAUCUAUUUACAUCCUUUUAAAUAGAGAUUUAGUCAUGAUUCCUUUUUCUUGUUUGUGUUGAGUGCUUGUACUGAAGCUAAAAUUAAAGAUUUGUUCAUUUUCAUUUCUUCAUAUUUGACUUUAAACAAAAGACAGAAUUUGUUGGGGGUUUUUUUCUCAACCCCAUUGUAAAUGUGUGUCCCCAACUCAGCAAAGUGGACAGGCAGCUGGCUGUGAAACAUUUGUUUCAGAAAAGAUUAGAAAUGACUCUAAGAUAAGUUUAUAGUCUAAGAUUGGUGUGAAAAACGGUAAAGACUGUGAUGUGAUGGCGCCAAACUCAGCAUUAAAAGGGCAUAUUUGACAGUGGUUGAUUGACACCACUGUUUCACUGAAAUAUACAGUUUUAGCCGCAGGUUCCCAUAAUGCCUCUGUGGGAUGGUUGCAGGGUAAAAAAGGAGGAAAUUAUCUGUGUAUGUAAAAAGAAAAUGAGGAUGGGACCCACAACUUAGAUAGGUGGGGUGUCUAAACCUGUAAUAGGAUCAAAAACAUUGAUAAGACAACAAAAGUUAGAAAGUUAGUUCACUAGGAGAAAUUAAAAUUUAAAAAUGGGGAUUCCAGUUGUUUAUCUGUUGUUCAUCUUAUGUCAUGAAUCCAUUCCGCUUUUUUUAUUUGAUAAGGCAAAAAAUCUUUUAAGGACAACGUUAAGCUGAACUUUUCCUCCAGCAUUGCAUGUGAUGGAUGAACAAAAGUUUAGGUUGACACAUGCCAGCUCUGUUGACAUGCAUUUCAGAUUACAUCUUAUCAGGUCAAACUUAAAAAAAGAAGUCUCUCAAAAUAUUUUGGAGCCUCCAUUUGAUCAGCAGAGCUGCAAUCAUUGUGAUGAAGAGAUAAACAGAAGAAUAGGAAUUUUUUCCUCGCAAUAAUAAUGAUUCUCUGUCCAGUUUUACAAUCUGUGAGUACCUAUAACAUCGUGCUCGUUGGUUGUUAGUCUAUUUAAAGGAACUUCUCAUCUGCAUUUGAUACUAAAAGAAGGUUCUAGCCAUGAAUUCACCUGUUUAUAUUUUCCUUUUUGGAAAAUGAACUGAUUGUAAGACUCUUCAUGGAGUUUCCAUGCACUAGGAAAGACAAGACAUAAUAAAAACAUUUAAAAAUGUUAUUAGUGGGUUAUAGAUAACUGGAUAUACAGUAUAGUCGAUGUGUAAAUAUCAGAAUGAUCAAUAAAAAUUAAGGUGGAUUUUGAAUUAUGCAUGAAACAAAUUUAUAAAGUUAUAUUAAAAAUGUCGUGAACUCAUUUGAAAAAUGUUGAUUGAGCUUGAAUAUUGAAUAUAAUAUUUGAACAGACAAUAAUAACCCAACUUCAAAAGUCUCUAGAUCAAAAAGCUUUUAGCCCAAAGAGAGGAUUUUUCUUUUUUUUCUUUUUUUUUGUAUUGGCUUUCGGACAUAAUUUUUCUUGCAGUCUAAAAAUCUGAUUCAGAGUGCAUCCUGUGAGAACACACAGAAUUAAAAUAUAGGACUAAGAAUGACCCAGACUUAUUUUAUUGUGUUAAAUGUUCAUAUGGUGACAGUUGUUGCACAAAAGGAGCUGAAUUUGUUUCCUAAUGUGCCUAAAACUGUGUUGCAUAUGCAAGGAAGUGCCCAUCUUUGGCAAUACCAGAGUCAAACAGAGACCCGUUUGGAAAAGAUGAUUUGUGUCUUUAACUUUGUCCUUUCAUUCAGUUUAUUGAGUAAGUGGCACAAUGUGUUUAUGAUUCUUCAGGGAGAAAACUUAGAACUUGAAAAUGUCCUGUCUGAAUUCAAAAUGUGUCAUCUUUUCUGCUGUUGUCUUCUUUUGUCAAAAGUCAAGAGACUCUAAAUAUUGAGUUGUGGUUUAAAGAGGAAGUCAGAGAAUAAAUUAUCCAUCAGAAAAAAAUAACAAAAGUACAAACUAGGUAGAUUGUUGCUGUAAAGGGGAAGUGGUGUGGUUUGUGUGCAAAAAUGAGCUGAACAGAAAUAAUUUUAUCCACAUUCAAAUGUGCCUCUUUCAAGUCUCAUUGAACUAACACUGUCCAAACACUGUAAGAUCUUAGCAGUGCUCACAGAUACAUGUCCUUGUUAUGGUGAAAGAACCAGUUUCUACUCUGAGGCUGCUGUGCUGUCUCUUUACUAAAAAAACAUAUGUAACAGUGACUUGUGUUCAUACAUAAAUGUGUGUGUAAAGAGAAAAAUUACAGCAGAUUAAUCAUUUAUAUUUGCUGACGAUAUCACAGCGUUUUUCAACUCAACAUUAUUGGUAUCAAAUAAUGUGUUGUGAAUGUAUCUAAUGCAAAAACCGUACACAUGCCUCUCUAAAAGACAGGCAUGCUGAAACGAUUAACUAUAUAUAGACUAUUUAAGAGAUAUGCUUACACUGUGUUAAGAUGUAUCAGAAUAUGUGUAAUAUUUAUAGAUUUAUACAUGUUGUUUGUGGUUGGUUGGGUUUUUAGAAAUAGUCACUUCCAGAAAAGUUAGAUCUAAUUUAUACAUAUAUGAGGUGUUCAAGAGGAUCACAGUACAAUUUGUGUUGACAUUUAUGUCUGAUAAUUCUUUUUCUAUUUUCCUAAUUGAAAUUUAAAAUGGCUUGGUUUUUAUCAGAUUUCUUGAAUUAGUUUAAGCAAUACUGGUGACAUUUUUGUGUGUCCCCUGUUUUUUGUGUUUUUUAUUCAAACUACAUCUCAUCUCUGAUUAAAAAGGAAGUCAAAUCAUACAAAAAACAUGGAAUUAAAAUAACCGUUGAAACACGGAGGAGGAGGCACAAUGGCUUAGAGUCGGUGAUUUGUCCAGAGUAAGAAGCAUCUUGAACCAAAACAGCCACCACAGCAUUCUGCAGCUCUAUGCAGCAUUUUCUGGUAUGUGCCGAGUUGGUCAUGUGUUCCUCCUGCAGCAGCAUAACGGCCCUAAAUCCUAAAUCCAGGCUGUGCAGGAUAACUACCUUAUCUCAUCUUGAACUCCAGCCCAGUCUUCAGGCUGAAAUCCCAUCCAGUCGGUCUGGAAGUCAAAAGAUCAACCACCUAGAAAUGUCACUGUUUUAAUAAUACUUUUGAAGCAAUUAAGAAUAUAUCCCUAAAAAGACUAUUUUAUUAGCAUAGUAGACAAAAUGUGAUGCAUGAAGGCCAGUGGAAGGUAUGACAAUCUUUGAAAGCAGAAAAAAGUUAGUCAGAUAAAGCGCUAACAGUGAGAUUGCUGAGCUGUUAUUUGACUACAGUACUUUGAUGAAUUAAAGUUCAGAAAUAAAACAUUUGUUUUAAUUUUUGCUUCCCUUCAUUUAGACAAUUUUCAAUUAAAAACACAUAAAACUGGAGGGGGUUUAAAACUUUACUUUAAACAUGUAGAAAAUGUAGUAAAUUACUUAUUAGUUUUAUAGGAAUUAAAUAGAAAAACUUUCAACUUCGUUCUGCUAAUCAUGUCAUUAGAAAGUGACUUUUUAAUAGAUUAUAAACAAAACUAAAACUAAUCACAGCUCAUUUGUUCCCAGUGUUACCACGGUGGUGGAAAGGCAAUGAGUCUUGUAUAUCAGAUCCUAACAGGAAGCCCUGACAAGGCUUUUAUUUCUCUGAUUAGGUGUCCCAUGCAAAGCUGUUGCAAGGAAUACCAAGAUGAUGCUAAAAAUCUUCAUGAUGAUUGUAUAUUCACAUUUACAGUUCCUGUUUCCAUCACUUGAAAGUGAACAAUGUGAUGGUUGUUAAAAUUCAUUUAAAGGUUAAAACAACAGGAAAGGUGGCUUGUUACCGCACUGUGACUCUCAGUGUCAAAUGUUUUGGCAAAUCUGACACCAGAGCGUACCACUCAUCCACUAUUGGUCUGUGGGAAUUACCAAGAGUCUAGAACACUAGUGCAUGUUUGUGACGUUGAGCGACGUUGCUUUAUUGUAGCUUAAUGUUCAUGUCUAUCUGGUUGAAAUUAAAUGGAUGGACAUUGAGAAAAAUGUUCUUAAAAUGAGUGCAAACAGAAAGGACAUUAAAGAUGUGUGAAUAAGUUAAUUGAUUGAAAAGGAUACUGCUGAAUUGUGAUGUGCACUGAGGUUUCAUACGCUACUCCAUUAUUGUUUAAACUUUACUUGGACAAAAGGGAAACUCUUGAAAAUGUUGCUUAAUUGAUCUAGAAUGUAUAAUAAUCGUUUUCAAGAUUGGCUACAUAUCUGUUAUUAUUCCCUGAAAUAUAAUUUUCCAAUAUCUGCCAACAGAAGUUUGCAGAGCUGAUCACAUUUUUUUUAUCAACAGACUUUAUUCAAGCAGUCUUUGCCUUUUGACUUUCAUUUUCUGCACUAUGUGUUCAAAAUAUACCACAAACACCCAUGUAUGCAUGUACAAAUAGAUUCUGACACUGUAGGCAGGUUCCCUGCUUGAUUAUAAAGUGAUGUGUUGCUACAAAAUUAACCAUUUGCAAAGGCAAUCUGGCCGGGUUUUCAGCUUCAGAGAAAUUAUUUGAUUUGUAUUGACUAUGCACAAUGACAAAAUCUAAAAAAAGUUUGGAAAAUGUACAUGUACACAUUUGUAAACCUACAUCUGAACAUAAUCCUCCAAGAUGCUUAAGAAUAGCUACAGAUAUGCCACCCUGUUCUCAAAAAUGUUACUAAAAUAUAUGGUUUAAAUAUUUAUAUAUUAUCUGUUCUUCUAUCUACACUUACAAAGUGACCAAAAUGCACUAGAACGCACGGGGUAAAAAAUGUAAAAACUCGAUGAGGCACUUUUUGAUUCUCCUUAAAGGGGCCAUACCAUUGAAACUCUACUUUUUGAGUUUUUAAGUGCAUUAUACUGUCCCAAAGCGGUAUUUUGACCUGUUCAUGCAUUUAAGAGUAAUCCUCUAAAAACCUGCGCUCUCAACAGCAGCCCCUCCCAUACCCACGAAAACACUCAAUUUCUACACAGAGCUAGCGAUGAUCAGCAAAAACUUUCAUUUUACAUGCACCGUAUAUCUUCCAGUUAUGUCCUGUCUUCAAUGAAUUCCAGCUCAAAUAGGUGUUUGUUGCUUUAGACGCAGGGCUCCUUUAAGGCCGAUAUCUGGUAUUUGCAUCCAUCUUUGAAAAAUUCGGAUACGGGAGAAACGAAGAAAGAACGGCUCUAGGAUGACAUCGUUAAGUAGGCGGCAGCCACACGAAGCGGUAGGCGGAGCCUCAGGAAUCGAGUCGUUUCUCUUCCGGGUAGGAAAUAACUCACUAAAAAUAACGAAUAUUUCAUAAAUAAUUUGUUUUUUUUGUGUUCCAAAGGUAAUAUAUGAUCAUAUAUAUGGAUAUAGUUCACUCUGGAAGGGUUAAGAAAAUCAUGGUAUGGCCCCUUUAGUAUCUCCAUAGGGAGGCUGUAUACAGAACAAUGUAGACAAACCAUCCAUCAGACCAAGGCUGUAAUCCGUCAGAGCUUUUCCUACCAAUACUACCAGCUGGGUUCAUCAAGGUUAAAUUGCCUGAAGCUGAAGAUUUUUUUCUUGGCCUUCACUUGUCUGGGUGCCCCAGUAUGUUCUUACAAAAUCUAUUUCUAAUUUGUUUUCUUUUUGAUGAAAAGGACCUAUAUUCCUCUGACAUGUGCCUGUAAAAGAUGAAGCUAGAACCAGCGGAUUAACACAAAGAUAUGCAGGCUCUAACCUUAGUUUUAAAUGCGCAUGGGAAAAGAGUUCAAGAUGAAAGGCGGAAAUAGCAAAAACUACAAUGCAACGCUUAAUUUCCUUCACUGGGAGGCUGAGAAUGUAAUAAGCUAAUGAAACUAUUUAGAAAUGGUUAUUUUAUUGUAUAAAACCGAACGGGCUUCUCUCCACCUUCUGGUUUAAGCUUUACAUUUACUGCAGUGAUGCAUACACUUUAUUUAAAAAAAAGGAAGAGAUAAGAAUGCAUUUUAGCCGUCAAACGCUGCACCUGAAAUCUGCACGGUAACUGAAAGAUAACAUAUCCAACUACUAAAGGGGUCUAUCAAUGAAGCUGAUGAUCAUUCUGAAAGAUCUGUUUGUUACAGUCUGCCAAGAAACCCUCUCCUCUUGCAUCCCCCAACAUUAGAAUGCCUUCACUGACCUCCAGCUGGAAAAACAUGAUACUUGAUUUAAAUCAUUGUGCCUCUGCAGGGCAGAAUUUGUUUUGUAUUUGUAGUUGCAUCCAUGAUUCGCUUCAUUGUGUUUGAGUAUGGAGAGGGGAGGUGAGGCUUGAGAGAAGAUUGUUUUCCCGAUCACUCUCACGCGCUUGACCUCCUUCAGGCCUUGUUGUAGUUUCAUCAGGCUUUUCUGAACUGUGGACCAUGACAAACGUUGGAUCACCUGAGAGGUGACUGUUCAUUGUGGAGACAGUGUCUGCAGUCCUGACAGUACAACCAAGCAAAGGGCCUUAUUUCAUAACCUUUGAAAGAAAUGAAAUUGGUGAGAAUGGCACGGACUAAUUGUGAAUAAAUCUUUUUUUUAUUUUAGUUAUAACCAAUCAUGGCAUGGAAAACAUAAAAAAUACAUCAUUUAUGUAUAGUUAGCUUGUCUAGGACAACUGGAAAAUAUUAAAUGAAAUUAGUUUGUACACCAGUCAUUGUUAAUCGUAGAAGUUGCUGUGACCAUGGCAACAAAUUGACAACAUGACUACCUUUCUAUAAUCCCAUUAUUCAUUUUUCCCUAGUGAAUAGAGAUAACGUUAACUUAUUAAAAAGGGGAAUGUCUAAUUAGUUUGUCUUGUUCUUGAAAUGCGAUUAAGUAUUUUAUAUGAGAGACUUUAAUUGCUUGUAAAAUCCAAAGGUUGUUAGGAGUGAUGACCUGUUGGCUUUUUGUUUCUUAUACUGUGCGGGUUUCUUUAUUUUUCUUUUUUGAGAUAUAAGAAAGGUCUUUUAAUGAAAAACCUACUUGUUAGGGAUGUAAAGGGGCUUUUGGACUAACUUUAAGAUUCUGCAGUCAAACUAGUUUUUUCAUUGUCGCCUUGUGGAAAUUGCAGAUCCAGGAGGUAGGUUCUGUCUCAUUUUAGACAAAAGAAAGUGGUCCAGAAGUCUCUUCCUGCCCAGCUGUGCUGGGUGAUGUCGAUCCUGACAGAGGUGUAUACGAAUGUGUGAAGUUCACCUUGUUUGCACUUAUGUAUAUACAUGUGUCAAAAUACUCAAAAUUUAUUUUGAAUAACAACAGGUAAAAGAGAUGAUUUAAAAAUAAAAUCAGUGUUUUGUCAUUGGCGUGUCUAUGGUUUGAGUAGUGUGUAAAGAUUGAUUUAAGAUACAUAUCCUUUGGUUUGUGUGUUUGUUAGAGUACUGCUUUUUGCUAAGCUGCUUCGCUAUAAACUAAUACUGGAUUGUGUUUGUUUUUUCUUUCAGUUCUGUUUUAUUUUAAUCAAAUGUAACCUCACACAUUUAAAGUUGAAUGAAAGAAAAGUUAAUAGAUAGAAACAUUUAAAAACAAUACUAACCUUGAUCAUAAAUACACACUGUAAUUGCAGACACUUUCUUUUGUGGAAAAGCACCAAGACAAAGCACACAUUAACUUCACCUUCAGGCUGUAAAGCAGGAAAGUGAGCCGCAGCAAUGGGUGCCAGAAAUGUUCACACUGUUUUAAAUGCAUUACCUUCUGUCAUUGUCUGACCUUUUUGCCUAUUUACAUUAUUCAAGGCAACAACAAAUCCAAACUCAUUGGGAAUUGAUAAAAAAUUAGAAAAAGAAAAUUUAAUACCACUUUUCUGUCACUUCUGAUUUUAUGUGAACUUGUUCCUGCAGAAUCAGAAGUUGUAUGUUCUUUAUUAUCUCUUCAAGUCUGUGUUGUUGUUAUGGUUUUCAUCCUAAAAGUGGAUUGACUGGUUCAUUGUGGUGAAUCAGUUGACUAUGUAUUAAUAUCAUGGAAGAUGGGUCUCUGAUCUGUGUUCCCUCCAUCAUGAUGUCUAUGUAUGAACAUCUCAGAAAAUUUUGGCUUUUUUUCCCCCCUUUAGAAAUGACGAGUUGAAGUCCAUCUAUUGUCUGUUUUUCUUGUUUGUACUUGUGCCUUUACUGUGCAAAAAUACAGUUUUGUUAAACACAUGAAUUUUAAAAAAGUGCAUUUACUCAAUGUGUGUUAAAUGAUCCCUUUAUUUAAGGUAUUUUGUACAUGAGUCAUGAAAUUGUUUUUCAAAUUGGGUACAGCAAUCCCAGCCUGGUCGAUGGCUUGUGGAGGAUGAAGAGCCUUUUAAGACUGUUGAGGACUAAGCCAUAAAAAACUCUGACAUUCAAGGAUUCAUCUCUGAGUUCUCCUUUGCUUAUGCUUCUAUGUGCUGCCAAGCUAUACAUUGUUUUUUGUUUGUUUGUUUUUUGCAAAGUGUAUCUGUUGAGGGUAUUGUGCCAAUUAUGAGUUCUGCAAAUUCUGUUUAAAUUAAAUAAAAACAUACAGACAUAA